AAGCAGCAAUAUCACCUGUGGAUAAAACAUAUACGGCUACUGUUGGUACUGACUUGACAAUUCCAUGGAGUUUUGAUAAUGAAGCAGACAUGAGUUCAGUUUUUUGGUCCCAUAAAACCACGGCUACACCUACAACAGUCAUGUCUAAAACUGGAACUAAUGCUGCUGUAGUUUUCAAUAACUUUAAUAUUGAACAUGUUAGUAAUGGAGAAAUCAAAUUGACAUCGGUAACAAUGGAUAAUGCAGGCAUAUAUUACUGUGAAGUGUCUUAUUCAUUACUUUCAGGACACGCAACAGUAACUGGAACAGCUACAAUCUCUAUUGAAGGUACCACACCACCACCAACUACCACACCACCACCAACUACCACACCACCACCAACUACCACACCACCACCACCAUCAGCUCCAUCUACCACUCCUCCAUCUACAACCAACAAAUCUCCAGAUAUAGUUAUAAUUAUAGUUCCAUGUGUUUUAGGAGGGGUUGCUGUUAUUGUGGUUCUAAUAAGUGUUAUAGUCUGCCUACGGAGAAAAACUAAUAGAAAGAAGAACAACAGGAAUGUCCCAGAUAUUGAUAAUACUUACAUGUCCUCAUUUUGACAAUAAAUGUAGAAACAAAACAACAAAAUAUUAUGACAAUAAUGAUGAUUUGUUUAUAUUAGAAAUGUCAAAUACAAGAUA